AUAAAAUUUAUUUAGUGGUGGCAUGCACUUUAAAUAAAAUAACAGUUAAUUUUACUAGAUUUAUAUUUCUAGAGAAAGCGGUGGUGAAACAACGGAUAACAUAUUAACAUGGAUUGUCCAGACAUUUCAAAGUGGUCGCCUCUUAUCUCUGAUAUGCAGAAUUAAAGAUCAUUCAUGGAUCCGAAACCACCUUCUCCACCGCAUGUUCUUAUCUUUCCAUGUCCGGCGCAAGGCCAUGUGAACUCCAUGUUAAAGCUGACGGAGCUGCUCCUGCCGGCGGGUCUGCACAUCACCUUUCUAAUAUCCGCCAAAGACCAUGACCGCCUAUCCCGCUUCACCACCGUCCAUUCCCGCCUCAGCUCCUACCCGGGUUUCCGGUUCCACGUCAUUCAUGGUGACUUGUUUCAUAGCUGACGGAAUCUUGGGUUUUGCACUGGAUGCGGCGGCGGGUACCGGAGUUCCCGUCAUGUUCUUUCGGACGGUUAGUGCUUGUGCUUUCUGGGCUUACUUUUGCAUCCCUGAUCUCAUAAACUCCGGCGACCUUCCCUUUCAAGGUACAAACUUGGACGAACGAAUAGUCAACGUGAAAGGCAUGGAAGGAUUCCUUCGCCGGCGUGAUCUUCCAAGCUUUUGUCGUUCCGGCUUAAGCAACACCACGUUCCAAGAAGUUACCAACAUAACACGCCGGACACCAGAUGCCCAUGCACUCAUUCUCAACACUUUUGAAGAUCUUGAAGGCCCUAUUCUCUCUCACAUACAAAAACACUGCCCAAAUAUUUACACCAUCGGACCACUUCACGCACACCUCAAAGCCCGAUCCAUAUCAAAAUCCACAUCUUCAAAUAGCUUAUUCCAAGAAGACAGGACAUGUAUAGGUUGGCUCGAUCAACAUGCACCCAAAUCGGUAUUAUACGUGAGUUUUGGAAGCAUAGCAACACUAACAAGGGACCAACUUAUCGAGUUUUGGCAUGGUUUAGUUAACAGUGAGAAACCAUUUUUAUGGGUCAUCCGAGAGGAUCUUGUUUCGAGUCUUGAUGAUGAAAACAAGGUGCCAAGUGAGCUAGAAAAGGAUACCAAAGAAAGAGGGUGUCUAGUUGGGUGGGCUCCACAAGAAGAUGUCUUAACCCAUUCAGCUGUAGGUGCUUUUUUGACACAUAAUGGAUGGAACUCGACGUUGGAGAGCAUUGUUGAAGGAGUGCCGAUGGUGAGUUGGCCGUUUUUUGCAGAUCAACAACCGAAUAGUAGAUUCGUGGAGGCUGUGUGGAAAUUAGGGUUGGAUAUGAAGGACACGUGUGAUAGAAGGAUAGUUGAGAAGAUUGUAAAAGAAGUAAUGGAAGUUAGGAAGGAAGAGUUUGAAGAAUCUGCCCGUCGUAUGGCGAAACUGGCCAAGGAGUCUGUUAGCAGCGGUGGAUCUUCUUAUAGGAAUUUAGAUCGUUUGAUCGAAGACAUUAAAAAGAUGAGUACUCAAUCUAAUUAAUGAUAUGUCAGUUGCUAAUGUGAACAUUUGCACCUUCUUCCUAGAUAUAUAAAUUAAGAAAUAGAAAAAUUGUAAUUGUAAUAGAUAUUUGUUUCUUCUUCAAAGAGGAAAAAUCUUUUACAGAUAUUUAUUCUCUUUAAAUAAAAUUCUAUUGUUACUGAGGAGUGUUGAAU